AUGUCACAACUACCAACUGUUCGCGAGUGUUACGAGUGGAUCAACGAACACUGCGCUUCUCUUCUCAAUAGCCGGGUCAUUAGCGAAAAGGAUCUACUGAUGGUUCUCGACAGUGCCCGCAUUCUCAUCAGUGCCCUAGACGCGCCGAUUCCUCAAAAGACUGCCCUUGAACUUGGACUCCAGAAGCUUCGGCAACAACAACAGCAAGAGAGUGAUGCCAAUAAUCCAGACCAGAAUGAGGAGAUCUCAUGGACAAUUACCAUUCAAGAAUUACAAAAACUGUUUCAGAAUGUUUUACCCUGGAUACAAUUUCCUGAAAAGACAAUAACCAAUAACAGUAAUAAUGAUAACAACAACAACGACAACGACAACGACAACAACAACGACAACAGCGAUAAUAGUAACAAUAGUAACAACAAUAGUAACAUUAUAAAGAUGAAUAAGAGUGGUAUUAAUGGUCACUAUAAAAUCGAAGAAGCACGGAUAUUACCGCACCGUUACAGCCAAGCAGACUAUGCAUCAAUGGGAACGGACCCAGUGGAUGCCCAGGCCAUCUGGUUCCGUCAACGCUUUGUCGGAAAAUCAUAUAUUAGCUUGAUUGGACCCAUGGCAUCCAACCGUGACACACACAAAGAGAAUGUGAUUAUUUCUGUAGUUCAGGAAUACAGCCCUCAUGGCUACAAUAUCAUUAUCCGUCACAAAGAGUAUAAUGAAGUUCGGAUAGUACCUGAGUCUACAGCUAAAUAUACCGAAAUGCGUCUCGAGGCAGCAAACCAGGGACAUUUGUUACAUUGUGGUCACUCUGACCGUAAGCAGCGUCCACUGAGAAGUCUGUCGUCGGCAAUUAUCAGCAGCACCCAAACUCACUCUAGCAAGCGUAUGCGGGCAGCUCUGCUUUCAAUUUACCCAACCAUUGACCUCAGACUAUUCAAAGAGCUUACUGCUGAAGCAACCAUCCUGGCUGGCCUAGAAAAAGACCUGAUAAAGUUUGACGAAAUGAAUAUCUCACAAGGCUACAAGUUUGGUGUGCUGUCAGUCAAGGAUGGUCAGACAACAGAAGAAGAGUGGUUCUCAAACUCUGGGUUGUCGGCACCUUGUGAACAGUUCCUAGAAAUGAUGGGAUCUCGGGUGGAAUUGAAAGGCUACGGAGGCUAUGCAGCUGGACUGGAUACAAAAACUGGUGAAUCAGGCGAGGUGUCGUAUGUCUCUAGCUGGGAACAUCGAAAUAUCAUGUACCAUGUAGGUCCCCUCAUGCCCCUCAAGACUACAGAUAGACAGCAAGUACAUCGAAAGAAAUACAUUGGGAAUGAUAUCGUAUGUUUGGUUUUCCUCGAAGGACCAGAGUCAAAAUUUGAUCCAAACGAAAUACACUCUCAAUUCUUGCACGUAUUUGUACUCGUCAGUCCAGAAACAGUUCAAGACAGACAGAUGUGGAGAGUACAGGUCAUGGCAAACAAAAACAUUUCCGACUUUGGACCAUGGUUACCCAGCCCACCUUUACUCAGCAGUAAUGAACUUUACGGUUUCCUGACUCUUAAAUUGAUCAAUGCUGAAAAUGCUGCACUCAAAUCUGACAAAUUUGCUAGCAUGAAUGCAAAGACCCGCACAGCUAUGCUAAAAUCAAUUAUCGAAACUGGUUUGGAUGCCAACAAUGUCACUCGAUCGUUCAGCACCGGUCGCCUGUUGGAUGGUGGCUACAAUGUAAAACCACCGUCAUUUAAGAGUCGUGGAUAUACAUUUGGGGAAAGACCAAAAUCAGCAGGGGCUGCUGCUGCUAUUACUACUACUACUAUUACUAAUAGUAAUAAUAGUAAUAUUAACAGUAACAACAGUACAAAACAAAACCAUCGAAAUUCUCGAACCUUGAGGAAUCUGUAUACAUCAUCACUAGACAACAAUCCACGUUCAUUGACACCAGACCAAAUGACAUCCUCAACAUCGACGUCAACGAUAGUCCCAAUACCAACAUCUUCUCGCUCAAAUGUUCUCAAGGAUUUCAAGAGUGGAUUCGGAAGACGACGGAGCAGCAGCACACAGGCCAUGAUGCUGCCACUCAUGGCUUCUGAUAUGACGCUCUUGUGUGAACACGAUCACCACGACAACGCACAUUCUUUGUGCAAUCCUCCUACCCUUAUACACCGACACUCGAGUUCUCUUUUUAGCAAGACUCAUCAAGAUAUUCAACAACAACAACCAAACACCAAUAAUGAUAAUAGCAAUAAUGUUUACAGUAAUACUAAUACUAAUAAUAAUAAUCCUAAUAAUAAUAAUAAUAACAGUGAUAAUACUGGAACUGGCACUAGCACUGGCACUGGCGCUAGUGCUAGUAAACAAGGAGGAAUCCUCAGCUCAAUAACAUCACAUCCAACCAUCAAGCCAAACCACAGCAAAUCUUCAUCAGCAUCACCUGGAGAAGGAGGUCUUCGGUCCCGGGCCCAGCACUUGAUGACAUCUGUGAUGGGUAGGCGGACUCAGCGAACAGUUACAGUCAAUUUACCAGGCAUUCCACGGUCAAAGACAUUUAUAAAUGAUUCGACUAUAUCUCUUCAGUCAAUGGCCCAUUAUUCAAAAGGAAAACCAGACGAAGUGGAAUAA